AUGCGCACGGCAUUGGUAGACGCCCGGAGCGUUGCCGCUCUCCAAGUGACCGCCGAGGCGAUGGUGAGGGACUUCCCGGAAGAGGAAGCACUGGAACCGCCGAUGGGCGGAGGGGGCAUGGGUGGCGGAAUGGGAGGAAUUGGCGGCAUGCCCGGCAUGAUGUAA